AUGACACCCAAAAAGAAUGUGACCCCAAAGAAGCCAGUCUCUAAGACUCCACCUAAACCAGUUGGUUCUAGUGGUUCAUCACCUAAGACAGUAGCAAAGAGAUUUAGGGAUGGAAAAACAUUUACUCAACAAACACAAGCUAGUGUAGCUGAGAAUAAUCCUGUUUUGGAAUCUAGUGUAGCUGAACCUGAAGAAUUGACUCAACACAGUAAUGCUGGCGGAGCUGAACAAGUUAAUGAGAUACCUGGAUUUGAGGAAUUUUUCAAUCAUGACUUUUGGGUUGAAGCUACAACACAGGCAGAAGCGGUGGAAGAUUUGUUUGCAGUUUCCCAAGAGUACAAGAAAAGUGAUGAGUAUGUCAUGCACUUGAAGAAUAUAGAAGAAGAUGAAUGUAAUCCUGAUGAUGAGUAUGUCUUGAACAAUAUAUCAGACAAAGAUAGUGAAGAGAAAGAUAUCAAGAGUUACAAAAAGUUUCUACAAAAAGUUGAGAAUGGGUAUCUUUCGGAUGGUACUGCAAGUGAGAGAAGUGAUGAUGGUGCAAGUGAUGAUAAGGAUACUGCAAGUGAUGGUGAUGAUGCUGAAAGUGAUGGUGGUGAUCCAAACUUUGGAGAGGUGGAGGUUGAGAAUGACAAGGAAGAGGACCAUUAUGGGGACUUGGUCUCUGACAGAGAAGAAAAAGAAAGAAACAAGACUGAUGGGCCUAUAUGUUCAAACCCUCAUGAUAACACCCAGUUUGAGGAAGACCAUGCACAACAUUUUAAGGAGGAAGAAGCUGAGGAGAUGUUCCCUGAGGGAGUUACUUUUCAACAAGUGGAUCCUUACAUCCUAGUGAAGGGAAGCAAGUUUGUCAGCAAGAAAGCAUUCCAGAAGCAUUUGAGAGGCUACUGUGUAAUCCUGUGA